AUGGCGUCUCUACCUCCGCCACCUCCUCCGGGAUGGGGAGCUGCAGCGCCUCCCUCGAUGCCUCUUGCACCACCGCCUCCGGGCUACAGGCCGUCUCCACAUCCGAUGACCGCGAAGUUCGAGCAGAAGAAGAAAGAGUGGCUUCGAAGUCAGCGCAACCGAUUUGGAGAGAAAAGAAAGGCAGGGUUCGUUCAGUCUCAAAAGGAUGACAUGCCGCCGGAACAUCUUCGGAAGAUUGUCAAGGAUAUUGGAGAUGUGUCGCAAAAGAAGUUUAGCACCGAUAAGCGCAGCUAUCUUGGAGCUUUGAAGUUCAUGCCUCAUGCGGUACUGAAGCUGCUGGAGAACAUGCCUAUGCCUUGGGAGUCCGCGAGGGAAGUAAAGGUACUUUACCACGUGAAUGGCUGUUUAACGCUUGUCAACGAGACGCCACGCGUUAUAGAGCCGGUUUUUCAUGCGCAGUGGGCAUCGAUGUGGGUGUGCAUGCGACGUGAGAAGAGCGACAGAAGGCAUUUCAAACGAAUGCGAUUUCCACCAUUCGACGAUGAGGAACCUCCACUGUCGUGGUCGGAGAACAUCGAGGACGUGGAGCCCCUAGAACCGAUCCAAAUGGAGCUCGAUGAAGCUGAAGAUAGCCCCGUCUUCGAAUGGUUCUAUGACCACCGGCCGCUGCUCGACACCCCUCACGUCAACGGGCCAAGUUAUAAAGAGUGGAACCUGACUCUCCCACAGAUGGCAACCCUGUACCGGUUAAGUCAUCAGCUUCUCAGCGACGUGGUGGACAAGAAUUAUUUCCACAUGUUUGAGUUGAACAGCUUCCUAACGGCCAAGGCCCUAAACGUGGCAAUCCCUGGUGGCCCACGAUUUGAGCCUCUUUAUAAAGAUAUUGACCCUAAUGACGAGGAUUUUGGCGAAUUCAACGCCAUUGAUCGUAUCAUAUUCCGCGCCCCAAUACGAACCGAAUAUAGAGUAGCAUUCCCCUACCUCUACAACUCCCUACCAAGAAGUGUUAAAAUUUCAUGGUACUCUCAUCCUCAAGUUGUCUAUGUCAAAACUGAGGAUCAUAACCUUCCCGCUUUCUACUUCGACCCCAUCAUUAACCCCAUAUCCUCUCGAUCGGUUGCACCCCAGAAUAUAACAAUCAGCCACGAAGAUGAGAUUUUUGGCCCUGGCAAUGACGAAGACGAUUUUGAGCUGCCAGCCGCUGUUGAGCCGUUUCUUGCCGAUGAAGAGCUCUACACAAGUGAGACAUCAUCCGCCAUCACCUUGUGGUGGGCACCAUAUCCAUUUGACCGCCGCUCUGGGAGAAUGGUUCGUGCUCAAGACGUGCCCCUUGUGAAGCAGUGGUACCUAGAACAUUGUCCCCAGGGCCAACCAGUGAAAGUUCGAGUGUCUUACCAGAAGCUGUUGAAAACAUAUGUUCUGAACGAGCUACAUAAGCGAAAGCCGAAAGCUCAAAAUAAACAGAACCUGUUGAGGACACUCAAGGGCACCAAAUUCUUCCAACAAACGACGAUUGACUGGGUGGAAGCUGGUCUUCAAGUUUGCCGUCAAGGAUUCAACAUGCUCAACUUGUUAAUCCACCGAAAGAACUUGACUUACUUGCACUUGGAUUACAAUUUCAAUCUUAAACCCGUGAAAACGUUAACUACCAAAGAACGAAAGAAAUCUCGUUUUGGAAACGCCUUCCACUUGAUGCGAGAAAUCCUCCGUUUGACCAAGUUGAUUGUAGAUGCCCAAGUCCAAUACCGUCUAGGGAAUAUUGAUGCUUUCCAGCUUGCUGAUGGUAUCCUCUACGCGUUCAACCAUGUUGGCCAAUUGACUGGAAUGUACCGAUACAAAUACAAGCUCAUGCAUCAGAUUCGGUCGUGCAAGGAUUUGAAGCAUCUUAUUUACUAUCGGUUUAACUCUGGUCCAGUCGGCAAGGGCCCUGGCUGUGGUUUCUGGGCUCCCGCCUGGAGAGUAUGGCUAUUUUUCCUUCGUGGUAUAAUCCCACUCCUUGAACGAUGGUUGGGUAAUCUAUUGUCGAGGCAGUUUGAAGGUCGUCAUAGUAAGGGUGUCGCCAAGACAGUCACCAAACAGCGUGUUGAGUCUCAUUUCGAUUUGGAACUUCGCGCCUCGGUUAUGGCAGACUUGAUGGAUAUGAUGCCAGAAGGUAUCAAACAGAAUAAAGUUAAUACUGUUCUCCAACAUCUGUCUGAGGCAUGGAGAUGCUGGAAGAGUAACAUCCCAUGGAAAGUGCCAGGUCUGCCUGCCCCCAUUGAGAAUAUCAUCCUACGAUACGUGAAGAGCAAAGCGGACUGGUGGAUAUCGGUCGCCCACUAUAACAGAGAACGUAUUCGUCGUGGUGCUACUGUCGAUAAGACCGUCGCCAAAAAGAAUCUUGGAAGAUUAACCCGCUUGUGGCUUAAGUCUGAACAAGAAAGGCAGCACAACUAUAUGAAGGAUGGGCCCUACGUGUCUUCAGAAGAGGCUGUCGCCAUCUAUACUACAACCGUCCACUGGCUAGAAUCACGAAAGUUUUCACCAAUUCCUUUCCCAAGUGUGUCAUAUAAACACGACACAAAGAUUCUAAUUCUAGCCCUUGAGCGAUUGCGUGAGGCUUACUCGGUGAAAGGCCGGUUGAACCAGAGUCAACGUGAGGAACUUGCGCUUAUUGAACAGGCAUACGACUCCCCUGGCACUACCCUUGCGAGAAUUAAACGAUUCCUCCUUACUCAGCGAGCUUUCAAGGAAGUUGGUAUUGAUAUGAAUGACAACUAUAGCCAUAUCAACCCGGUGUACGAUAUCGAGCCAAUUGAAAAGAUCACCGAUGCAUACCUUGAUCAAUAUCUUUGGUAUCAAGCCGAUCAGCGACACUUAUUCCCCGCGUGGAUUAAGCCAUCCGAUUCUGAAGUACCGCCUCUUUUGACCUAUAAGUGGGCCCAAGGCAUCAACAAUCUAUCCAAUGUCUGGGAGACUGCUGAUGGUGAAUGCAAUGUUAUGAUUGAGACACAGCUGUCGAAAGUAUACGACAAGAUCGAUCUUACAUUGCUGAAUCGCCUUCUUCGUCUCAUCAUGGACCACAAUUUGGCCGACUACAUCACCUCGAAGAACAAUGUUCAGCUUAAUUACAAGGAUAUGAAUCAUACUAACAGUUAUGGCCUGAUUCGUGGCCUUCAGUUCUCUGGAUUCGUCUUCCAGUACUACGGCCUAGUUAUUGACUUACUCCUUCUUGGUCUACAAAGAGCUAGUGAAAUUGCUGGUCCACCACAAAGCCCGAACGAUUUCUUGCAAUUCAGAGACCGUGCUACCGAAAGCAAGCACCCUAUCCGCCUUUAUACGAGGUAUAUCGACAAGAUUUGGGUGUUCUUUAGGUUUUCAGCUGAUGAAUCGCGAGACUUGAUCCAGCGCUUCUUGACAGAACAACCAGAUCCAAACUUUGAGAAUGUUAUCGGUUAUAAGAAUAAGAAGUGUUGGCCGAGGGAUUCUAGAAUGCGCCUUAUGAGACACGAUGUUAAUCUUGGUCGUGCCGUGUUCUGGGAUCUAAAGAACCGACUUCCACGAUCUAUCACCACUGUUGAAUGGGAUGAUACGUUUGCAAGUGUUUACAGCAAAGAUAAUCCUAAUCUGUUGUUCUCCAUGUGCGGUUUCGAGGUUCGCAUUCUGCCAAAGAUUCGUAACCAGAACGAAGAAUUCUCCGUGAAAGACAGCGUCUGGUCUCUGUCUGACAACACGACUAAAGAGCGUACUGCAUACGCCUUCCUUCAAGUUACGGAAGAGGAUAUUCAAAAGUUCAACAACCGUAUUCGACAGAUCCUGAUGUCCUCUGGUUCUACCACCUUCACGAAGAUUGCAAAUAAGUGGAAUACGAGCUUAAUCGCCCUUUUCACUUAUUACAGAGAAGCUGCAGUCUCAACAGUCAACUUACUAGAUACUAUUGUGAAGUGCGAGACUAAGAUUCAAACGAGAGUUAAGAUUGGUCUCAACUCCAAGAUGCCGUCACGUUUCCCUCCAGCUGUAUUCUACACACCUAAGGAAUUGGGAGGCUUAGGCAUGAUUUCUGGGUCUCACAUUCUUAUCCCAACAAGUGACAAGCGAUGGUCGAAACAAACAGAUACUGGUGUUACUCAUUACCGGGCUGGUAUGUCCCAUGACGAAGAGACUUUGAUUCCAAAUAUUUUCAGAUAUAUCAUUCCUUGGGAGGCUGAAUUCAUCGAUUCUCAGCGUGUCUGGAUGGAAUAUUCUCAAAAGCGACAAGAGGCAAACCAACAAAACCGAAGAUUGACUCUUGAGGACCUGGAAGAUAGUUGGGACCGUGGUCUCCCGCGAAUCAACACCCUUUUCCAGAAAGACCGCAGCACACUGAGCUUUGACAAAGGCUUCCGUGCCAGGACAGAAUUCAAGGUUUACCAGCUUAUGAAAAGUAACCCGUUCUGGUGGACAAGUCAGAGGCAUGAUGGUAAAUUGUGGAACCUCAACGCGUACAGAACCGAUGUUAUUCAAGCCUUGGGUGGUGUUGAAACUAUCCUCGAACACACUCUUUUCAAAGCGACUGCGUUCCCCUCUUGGGAAGGUCUCUUCUGGGAACGCGCGUGUCUUGCAAACGGUACGAUGUUGCUUCGAUAUGAUCACUCUCAAGUUGCUGUUGAAGAUGUUAAGGAGGGUGAUCUACUUCUUGGCCCAGAUGGAGGACCUCGUCGUGCCUUCAAUAUAGUCAGCGGCAAAGAUCGACUCUAUAGGAUCAAGAUUGAGAGUCAAAAGGAAGACCUUGUUGUUACAUCAAACCAUAUAUUAGUCUUCCACAAGGAAAAGAGUAAACUUGGUGGAUUAACCGAACCCAGUUCUACUCCUACCGAUGUCCAAGAGGUCUCUGCAUCCGAACAAUACGAAACCGUUGAGAUGACUGCCGCUGAGUUUUACACUUUGAAGCAUGAAGAGAGGUGCAAGUACAAGGUCUUCAAUUCUCCCGGUUUUGAUCUUCCUGAACAAUCAGUGCCAUGUAACCCGUAUUUCCUGGGACUCUGGCUUGGGGAUGGCAACCACCGCAGUGCAGCUGCCCACAAAUCCCAUGAGGCAGAAGUCCGAGAAUUCGUGGUUAGACACGCUGCUGAACUCGAUCUACAAUUGGCUUGGCGUGACCAGUUGACAACUGCCGCUGGGUCUGAGGACUGUUCAUCCCGGCAGACAAUCAUUUCACAACGCCUUGCCGCUGGGUGGACGUUGCAGACUGGUGGUAAGCCUGGUGAAGCUUGUAUUUUGGAACCCCCUGCUGAGGGUUCCUCUCAAAGCCCUCGCCUGCACGAGCCUAGCCAGCAGCAGCCCAAAGAGGACAAUCUGGACAGCGCACAUUUAGAUAUUCUGGACACCAUUAGCCAGACUGAUGACGGACAAUUUAACGACGACGAGCCUCUGCAGACUCAACAAACUGUUCGUCUGCAGGCCGGCCUUAGCGCGUACGGUACUCUCCAGGAGGAGGAGCAAGAACAACUCCUUGAGCAGAUCACUGGACAAUUUCUGAACAAUCCAGGUGUUUAUUCACUUCUUCAAACUCUUCGUGGGGUUGAUGUGCUAGCGGAUCCUAAAUCAACUGGAUCUGAGACUGAUUCUAAACAUAUCCCCGCUGUGUUCUUGAACAAUUCGCGUGCUGUCCGACUAGCCGUCCUUGCAGGUUUGCUUGAUAGCGAUGGAUGGUACGUCGACGCGGAGAACAUGUUUGGCUUCAGCCAGAGCGAAUGCAAUUCAGCGUUGUUCUGGGAUACAGUCGCACUGGCUCGCUCUCUUGGCUUCAGUGUAUGGACUAAACGAAGAUUGAUGUGGAGUGCAACUCGUACUGCGCAAUAUCCCCAGCUAUUUGCUCAGAUAUCCGGCAAUUUGAAGGAAAUCCCUAGUCUUCUAUCUCGCAAGAAGGCUAUCGAUCGCUAUGUUCUUCAGACUCAUAGCUUUAUGGUCAAGGAUAUCACACUAGAACCUGAAGCUACUGGAUGGGCUGGUUUCCGAGUUGACAAAGACCAGCUGUAUCUACGACACGAUUACCUUGUGCUUCAUAACAGCGGUUUCGAAGAGUCGAUGAAAUUCAAGAAACUUACCAAUGCUCAGAGAUCUGGUUUGAACCAGAUCCCUAACCGUCGAUUCACCUUAUGGUGGUCACCGACCAUUAACAGAGCAAACGUUUACGUUGGUUUCCAGGUCCAGCUUGAUCUUACUGGUAUAUUCUUGCACGGCAAAAUUCCAACAUUGAAGAUAUCCUUGAUUCAGAUAUUCCGAGCGCAUUUGUGGCAAAAGAUUCACGAAUCUGUUGUUAUGGAUCUAUGUCAAGUCUUCGACCAGGAGCUCGAACAACUUGGCAUCGAGACUGUCCAGAAGGAGACCAUCCAUCCCCGAAAAUCGUAUAAGAUGAACAGCUCUUGUGCCGAUAUUCUCUUGUUCGCAACUCACAAAUGGAAUGUGACAAGGCCUUCCCUCCUGUUUGACACCAAGGACGUGAUUGAGGCGACUACGACUAACAAGUUCUGGCUCGAUGUACAGCUAAGAUAUGGUGAUUACGAUUCUCACGACAUAGAACGUUAUGUGCGUGCUAAAUACCUUGACUACACGACCGACAGCAUGAGUAUCUAUCCAUCGGCCACUGGUCUCAUGAUUGGCAUUGACCUGGCCUACAACCUUUACUCUGCUUAUGGACAAUAUUUCCCCGGCUUGAAAGCUCUCAUCCAGCAAGCCAUGGCCAAAAUCAUGAAGGCAAAUCCUGCCUUGUAUGUCCUACGAGAGCGUAUCCGCAAGGGUCUGCAACUGUAUGCUUCCGAAAGCAACCAAGAGUUCCUGAACUCUCAAAAUUACUCCGAGUUGUUUAGUAACCAGAUUCAACUGUUUAUUGAUGAUACUAAUGUCUACCGUGUUACUAUCCACAAGACAUUCGAAGGAAAUUUGACCACCAAGCCCAUCAACGGUGCGAUUUUCAUUUUCAAUCCGCGAACUGGUCAACUUUUCCUGAAAAUCAUCCACACCAGCGUGUGGGCUGGACAGAAGCGUUUAGGUCAGUUAGCCAAAUGGAAAACGGCCGAAGAAGUUGCUGCUCUCAUCCGAUCUCUACCCGUUGAAGAACAACCUAAACAGCUCAUUGUUACGAGAAAGGGUCUGCUUGAUCCCCUUGAAGUUCAUCUGCUCGACUUUCCAAAUAUUUCCAUCCGAGCUUCUGAAUUGCAGCUCCCCUUCCAAGCUGCCAUGAAGAUUGAGAAACUUGCCGAUAUGAUUCUUAAGGCUACAGAACCCCAGAUGGUGCUCUUCAACCUUUACGACGAAUGGCUUAAGACCAUAUCUUCGUACACUGCCUUCUCUCGACUAGUUUUGAUUCUUCGAGCUUUGCAUGUCAACAUUGAGAAAACUAAGAUCCUCUUGCGACCGGACAAAACGGUUAUUACCCAGGAACAUCAUAUCUGGCCUACACUCUCAGACGAGGACUGGAUCAAACUGGAAGUUCAACUUCGAGAUUUGAUUUUGAACGACUAUGGCAAGAAAAACAAUGUCAACGUUCAGAGUCUUACUAGCAGCGAAGUUCGAGAUAUUAUCCUGGGCAUGGAAAUUAGUGCGCCAUCGCUGCAGCGUCAACAAGCUGCUGAAAUGGAGAAGCAGCAGCAAGAACAGAAACAAUUGACUGCUGUUACUACUAAGACCCAGAACGUCCGUGGCGAGGAGAUCAUCGUGACGACAACUUCACAGUAUGAGCAACAAUCGUUUGCAUCAAAAACCGAAUGGCGAACUCGUGCAAUUGCAACAUCCAACCUGCGCACACGUGCUAACAAUAUCUAUAUCUCCUCCGAGGAUAUCCAGGAAGAUGGACAUUACACCUACAUCAUGCCAAAGAACAUACUGAAGCGAUUCAUUAUGAUUUCGGAUCUCCGUGUCCAAGUGGCUGGCUAUCUCUACGGCAGCUCACCCCCAGACAAUGAUCAGGUCAAGGAGAUUCGAACAAUAGUGAUGAUUCCACAGGUUGGUAACACUCGGGAUAUACAGCUUCCGCAACAGUUGCCGCAACAUGAGUACCUAAAUGGUCUCGAACCACUCGGAAUCAUUCAUACGCUAUCCGGCAACGAGCCCACUUAUAUGACCGCCAUGGAUAUAACACAGCACGCACGGUUAAUGAAUGCACACUCGUCUUGGGAUAAGAAGACUGUGACAAUGACUGUUUCAUUUACUCCAGGCUCAGUUUCGCUUUCUGCCUGGGCCCUCACGCCUCAAGGCUAUAAGUGGGGUGCGGAGAAUAAGGAUACCACUUCCGACCAACCUCAAGGAUUCUCAACAAGCAUGGGUGAUAAAUGCCAGUUGCUGCUCAGUGACAGAAUUCGUGGAUAUUUCUUGGUCCCUAAAAACAAUGUUUGGAACUACAGUUUCAUGGGAAGUUCUUUCAGUAGCGUGGAAAAGCGACCGAUAUAUGUCAAGGUCGACACUCCGAUGCGCUUCUACGAUGAUCAGCAUCGCCCAUUGCAUUUCCAAAACUUUGCCGAACUAGAAGACAUCUGGGUUGACAGGACGGAUAACUUUGAGUGA